AUGUCACAAGCUGUUCAGACUGGUAAACUAAGUGCCGAUGAAAUUGCACUAUAUGAUAGACAAAUUAGACUAUGGGGGAUGGCUGCUCAAGCUAAUAUGCGUUCUGCUAAAGUAUUAUUGAUUAAUAUUGGAUCAAUAGGUACCGAAAUUGCUAAAAAUAUUGUCUUGAGCGGGAUAGGUAAUUUAUGUGUCUUAGACGACAAUGUUGUUCGUGAAGAAGAUUUAGGUUGUCAGUUUUUCUUGGAAAAGAAAGAUGUUGGGAAAUUGAAAGUAGACGUAUGUUCUCCAAAGAUUAAAGAUUUGAAUCCUCGUGUAAACUUGACUGUUGAUAGUGAUUCUUUAGCAAAUAAAGAAGAAACGUUUUUUAAAGAAUUUGAUUUAAUUGUGGCAACAGAAUUAAAUAGAGAUCAAAUUAUUGAAGUGAAUAAAAUCUCAAGAAAAUUGAAUAUUGCACUGUAUGUUACUGGAUCAAAUGGUUUGUUUUCUUAUAUAUUUGUGGAUUUAAUUGAAUUCGUUUCAGAAGAAGAAAAGUUGAAAACAGGUAGAGCUACUAUUGUAGGUGAAAUUUCCUCAAAUAAGACUAUUGUUGAAGUAGAUACACGAGUAGAUGAUGAUGAUCCAAAGAAAAUCUUUGAAAUGAUUAAAACAAAAAAUACUUAUAAACCAUUUAAAGAAAUGCUACAAUCUGCUACUUUAGAAGGAAAAUUGACCAAGAGGCAAACUAAAAGAGUUAAUAGUAUUUUACCAUUAACGAUAUCAUAUUUAACAACUAUUCCAUCCUCUGUGGAAGAAUUGCAAAAAAAUACAAUCGCAACAUGUAACAAAUUAGGGCUUUUACCCUCAAUUUUGAAAGAAGAAUACAUUCAACAAUUUUAUAAACAAGUUAAUGUUGAAUUUGCACCAGUGGCGGCUAUCAUUGGAGGUGCAGUCGCUCAGGAUGUCAUUAAUAUUCUUGGCAAAAGACAAUCUCCAUUAAACAAUUUCAUUGUGUUUGAUGGUAUAACGUUGGAAAUGCCUAUAUAUGAAUUAUAA